UCCUGCUUGUGCACCGGAAGUGGGCAGCAGGUGCCGCAGGAAGUGUCCGUGUCAAGCCCUGCUUCUAGAAGAAGAGGAACGAGAAGCUAACGAUAAAAUGAGUGCUGCUGUACCCAACCAUAGAAGGACCAAGCCCGGUGGCAUAAAGCCCGGGGCGGCGAACAGCGGCGCGACGGGACCGACCUCCCAGAUCCCCGGGCUGUGCCAGACCGCCACUGAAAGCGCUCCAGUGGAGAGGAUCAGUGGGCGGCGAGUUGGGAUAUUUGAGACGGACUCGGACUACGUCAAGCUUGCGAAGCAGGGGGGACACAAAGGGCUGUUGAGCCACGAUGUGGAUGAUGACGACAUGCCGAAGAAACCCUACAAUCCAUCCAACUGGUUUGGAGGAGAUGAGUCAAAGAGCGGAAGCAAGGAAACGUCUCCCGAUGGCCAGAUGAAGGGAGGCAGGCAGCCUCUCGCCCCGCCGUUUGGCACUGAUAACAGUACAUCCUGGGAAAGAGAGACUGAUAGAUUUACCCAGGGUAAAGAGAAGAUGUCUCCUGAUACUCCAGGCUCUGAGAUGGAGGGUCUGACAAUAAGCAACAAAUACAAAAGAAGGUCUUAUGAUAAGAAGACUCCACCCGUCAGCAUGUCCAAGCUGCUGAGUCACGGCUACGUGGAGGGGCAGAAGAAGUCACUCAAUGACGACGAUGCCUCAAGUGUGACCUCAGAACAGACGAGCACCGUCGCGACGGAGGACGUGGACGAUCUGGAGUAGUGAGCGCAGGUCUUGGUCUGGAGGGGAAUGGGGGGGGGGGGCGUCUUAACACUGAUUCAUGGUGUCACAAAUCCACGAAGGCGCUGCUCUGCCCCUCUUGGAAUCACUCACAUUUACUGUACAUCCACUGACUGUUAUGUUUUUGUACUCAUGUUUAUGCAAAGGUACUGUCCUCUCUCCCUAUUUAUUUGCUUUAAUUUGUAAAAAGAAGUCAGGCGGGUUUUAUGUUUGAGUAGAAGUGUCGGUGCUCACGGUGUCUUUUAUUUGUUUUGUCGUUCCUCGAUUUGAAAGACGAGUCGUUUGCAGGGCUGGAAACUAACAGGCUGGUCGUUUCCGCCUCAUCUGCUGUUAGUUCCCCUCCCUGGUUGUAUGAAGAUCGAGUUAGUGAAGUAACCAAGUGUUUGUGCUUAUAAAUUGUGGUUCCAGUGACGUGACAUAUUUAUUCUUUUUGACCAAAUGCUCCUGCUGUCUGAAGGGAUGCUACAGGUUUGUGUGUUUGCUGAUGCGGGGGCAAAUACGCUCAUUCACUGAGACAGCAGCCCUGCGGCUGUGACCACGUGCUAAAACGAAUGCUGAUGGCCACAGCCGCCACAGUUUGUUUGGACCAAAAGUGAUUUUUUUUUUUUUUUUUUUAGCUUGCUGCUCUGCAAAAGGUUGCCUUUUCUCGCAUACCCCUUCGCCCCACAACGCUGUCGUUGUUGAGGCUAUAAAAUCCAGAAACAUGCACUCACAAAGACUCAUUUUUCCUCAGUAACAAGGCUCAACAGAACAGAAUAUAACAAAGAACCAAAUGUUGGGGUCCAGGCCAGAUACGUCAGCAGUUUCCCAAUCAAAGAUCUAAAUUGACUCUAUUCUCCAGGUUAAAGCCCCUCUCUGCUAAAUCAGUGCAUUUUCCUCCAGCUUAAAAAACCCAAAUCUCACAAAACAGAUAAAACAUCCUGGACAACUUUGGGGAGAACGACUUCCUUCUGCAGGCCGACAAGCUGAAAGUCAAUUCCAGUGUAAUUCCCAGUGAAGAUUAAGGCAGGAGAGGAUUUUUUUUUCCCCUUCAUCUUUUUUUAAGUGAGUUCUGAACGUGCCAACCAAGCAGUUUUUUCCCUGCUCAUGCAGUGUUUAGACUUAGACGUCAGUAGGAAGAAGUUAGUGUUAGUGCACAGCCCAGUCAUGCUGAGCCCUCCACCUCAUGACGCGAUGGAGAGUUUAUUCUGAUCAGAUGAGAGGACGAUUACUGCUGCAGCAUUAAAGGCAAGGAAAACUUUGGUUCAUGUAACAUUUAAGAUAUGUAUCAUAUAACUAUAAAAUGUUAUAAUAAAACAGCCUAGAAAUGUACUUUUGGUUGUUAAAGAUGCACAUAGCCACCACCCUGGUGGCUAUGCCCCCCCCCCCCCCCCGGAAACAAAUGUUUAGUUUAAAAGUAUGUGUGUAUAUGUAUAUAUAUAUAUAUAUAUAUAUAUAUAUAUAUACACAUAUACACACAUAUGUGUGUGUGUGUGUGUAGCUUUUUGCUUUUUAUGGCUCAGUUUUUGGAACAUUCAAGCCUUGCAAAAUGGAUGUGAUACAGCAGAUAAUUACCUUCUUCCUCCUGCCUAAUAUGCCGACAUCAGUCGAGAGCCAGUGUUGAAUCUUUAGAUUUUAACUUACCAAUGCAUUGAAUUCAAGGUGAUAAUGUCCCUGUGCUUGAUGUAAUUCCCCAAAUUAAAUGCAGGAGACUUUCAGGACCUGAAAAGCUCAGUUUAGGAGCAGACUGAUGCUAUAAAAGUUGAAAAGCUCCCAUCUCCUCCUCCUCUUGUUGCAACAUUAGUUUGACUGUCAGGAUGCCUAGUGAAAAAAAGUAAUGGAUUUCUGUGUUUGAUGGACAUUUCAGCUUUGAGUCAUUUAAUAGUUUUAACUUUUGAGGCGUAACUGUGACAGCAGAAAUCCUAAUCCUUCAGGGACAUUUGUUCG